AUGGACAAACUCGCUGCAAGAAAAAGCCUUACCUCAAUAAAAACUCCUAAAAAGACAUUUUUCAAAAAUCAACAAAGGCUAGAAAUGAUUAUUUCUGCAUACGCUCCAAGCUCAAUUCAUCUUCCUUCAAUAAGAAAAAGCGAAAGAUCACCCACAAAAAAACGAACUGCUAAACUAACUAUCCAAAAGCCAAAUCUAGUAAAGCUAAUGAAAGAGGAACCUCUGCCACCAUGAAUGCAAGAUAUUGGUAUCCGGACAUUUCCAGACGACAAAUUGUCUAUGCUUCAGUAUGAUCUUUUGAGCCAAAAGCAAAAAUUAACGAUAAAAAACAUGUGUAAUCCCGAUAAAGUAAAAAGCAAAGUAAAAACAGUUUUUCGAGCCUCAGAAAUUGAAGCAAAAGAUAAGAAACUUAAAAAUGUUUUCAGGAGAAUCCGAAAAAUGGACACAAAUAAAUUUGAAAAAGAAAUGCUAAAAUUGAAGUCAGUAAAUUCUGACCCUGAUUUUCACAUAUUUAAUAUUGAAGAUGAUAUUAAUGAAGAAAACGCGCUUUCUGCAAGAAACCAUGAGCAUAAAGAUUUUGAGCCUCAAAACCUUCCUAAUAUUUCGGCAGGUCUAUAG